GCAAAACGAGGUUCAAGAUCAUUUUCCCAUCUUGCAUCAGCACCAAGAUGGACGUUGAUACCGACAUGCAUGUGGAUGAAGUGGUCUUGAGCGCCUCGGAUGUGGAGGCACAUGCCGCGAUUACCGCCGCAGAUGACAACGACAUGGACGUCGUGCCGUCGUUCCCUGCAUUGAGCGCGCAACACUUGGACGGCGGCAAGGACGACUUUCGUCGCGUCCGCGUGCCUGCCCAUCGCUAUACACCGCUGAAGAACGACUGGCCGAACAUCAUGAAGCCUCUCGUGGAGCAUUUGAAGCUGCAGGUGCGCAUGAACAUGAAAACCCGAUGUGUUGAGCUCAAAAACGGCCCGCACACGGACGACGCCGGCGCGCUGCAAAAGGGCGCAGAUUUCGUGCAGGCGUACAUGAUGGGGUUCGAAGUGCAGGAUGCGGUGGCGCUGCUGCGUCUGGAAGAUUUGUUCGUCGACACGUUCGAAGUCACUGACGUGAAGAUGCUCAAGGGCGACCACUUGAGUCGCGCGAUUGGGCGGCUGGCAGGGCAGGAUGGCAAGACCAAGUACGCCAUCGAGAACGCCACGCGCACCCGCGUGGUGCUGGCCGACCAGAAGGUGCACAUCCUCGGCUCCUUUUCCAACAUCAAAUUGGCGCGGGACGCCAUCUGCUCGCUCAUCAUGGGCGCGCCGCCCGGAAAAGUGUACAACAAGAUGAAGAACGUCGCCACACGAAUGAACGAACGAUUUUAAUACGGCGAUUUUAAUGAACUAAUUAUAUUGUAUCCUCC